GUGCGAAGACCUAGGACGGUGAUUUGGCUUUGGGAGAAGGGAGCUCUGAUCCACCAUCACAGCCGGAGCAGUCUCCAUACCUUGCUCUACUUAAGGCAUAUUGGAAUUGAAUAGCUUUCGCGGAGGCGCUCUCUAAUCUUCUCAGAAUGUCCAACGACGCGAACGAGCACACGGAGGACGAGCAGCUCCGGGAUGGCGACAGCAGACGCAGGGACCGCAGCGGCGAGCGUGAGCGGGAAAGGAGUCCCGGACGGGAACGAGAUGGUGACAGGGGCAGGGGGCGAGAGCGUGGUGGACGGGACCGUAGUGACGACAGAAGGGAUGGAGGUGAUCGUAACGGUCGCGGUGGUCGCGGAAGGAACGGUGGGGGUGGUGGUGGUGGCGACGACGAAGUUCGCUCCCUCUUCGUUCGUGGCCUUGCUGAUGGGACGAGAUCUGAAGAUUUGAUCCAGGCUUUCAAGGCCUAUGGCGAUGUCAUUGACUGCUACCUGCCCGUGGACUACUACACCGGGAAAAGCCGCGGUUUUGCCUACAUCCAGUUUGCUGAUCAGGAACAAGCGAACAUUGCGUUCACGAAGAUUGAGUACAUCACUAUUAGUGGACGAACUCUGACGGUCGAAUGGGCUGCUGGACGACGAAAGACACCCGGAGAAAUGCGUGGACGCGGUCCUCGGAACAACGAUAGGCCCCGCCGUCGAUCUCCCGGUGACAGCUACAGGCCGAACGACCGCUCUCCCCGUCGUCGUCGCCGGUCCCGCACCCGCAGCCGCAGCCGAUCCCGCGACCGCUCUCCCCGUCGCGGCGGCGACAGCGGCCGUUACUCCAACUCGUCCCGCUCAAAGUACCGCUCCGACUCCCGCGACCGAUCCCGCUCCCCCGCCCCGCGUCGGUACGACGAUCAUCGUCGCGGGAGUGCCUCCGGAUCAGCUCGCCGCUCUGGAUCCCCGCAUGUCAAACAUGAGGGUUGAGCUUGAGCUCCUCCCCACUUUGGGAAAGGUUUGGUUUUAUUUUCUCGCGGUCGUUCUCCCGGCCGGUUAUCGCGGGAUCCCCUAUAUCAGCGCGCUUUCCACUCCGGA